UUUCCCAUCCAGAUCCACGGAAGGAUGCGGCAGCGCUGGCGCUCUGCGUCAUCUUCCCGCGCCGGGGUUCCUCUAGUUCUGCCAGACCCUGCCAUUGAGGUGUUGGGCUCCAACAUGGGGUUGCUGGGUCGGGCCUUGGUCACGGACGGCAGCGCGCAGCUCCCCUCGGGGUUCUGGUCAGCCGUGGCCGUGUGGGUGGAGAGGCCGCAGGUGGUCAACAAGCGCCUGUGCGGCGCCAGGCUGGAGGCCCCCGGGAGGCCGGCGCGGGGGCGGGCCCGGGAACCCGAGGACAGCGCGGGCCCGGACCGGGGGGCCCUGGAGGCGCCCCGAGCCCCUUCCUCGGACCCGGACCCGCCUUUGGAGGAUCUCUUCCGGAGCCUCGCCUCCGCGGAUGAGGAAGUGCUGCGCUUCGUUAGGGGGACCGGGGAGGCCAAGCCGCGCGGGGCCAGCCCCGAGCCCGAGGUGAUGCUCAGGACCCUCAUCCCCAAGCCCAGCGCGGCCCUGCCGUGGCCAGCUCCGAGAAGAGAAAUGGUUGUCCGAGAUGUCUUCAAUGGAACAGUAACUUUUUUACCACUGGAAGAAGAAGAACAACGUUUACAAGUUAAGAAAAACAAUAUCUAUCAAAUUCAACUUAGACAUAACAAAGAUGAAGAAUGGUACAUAUCCAUGUUAGCUUUCUCUCCAAAAAGAUGGGAUUCAGAUGGAGUGAUAUACCCCAAGUCUUCCUGGCUUGGAAAAGAAUUGUUGUCCAAGUUGUCCAAAUGGUCUGUGGAGAAUAAGAAAAAUGAAUUUAAAAGCACUCUGUCACUCAUAUCACUUAUGAAAUAUAGCCAAAUUUACCAGGAACUCAAAAAGAAGUACAAAGAAAUGGUUAAGGUAUGGCCUGAAGUAACAGAUCCUGAAAAGUUUGUGUAUGAAGAUGUUGCUAUUGCUACUUAUCUGUUGGUUCUUUGGGAAGAAGAACGAGCUGAGAAAGGAAUAACUGAAAAACAGUCCUUUGUCGAUUUAGGAUGUGGCAAUGGUCUCCUUGUUCAUAUCUUAAGUAAUGAAGGGCAUCCAGGUAGAGGGAUUGAUGUUCGAAGAAGAAAAAUAUGGAACAUGUAUGGACCACAAACACAAUUAGAGGAAAGUGCAAUCAGACCAAAUGAUAGUUACCUUUUCCCAGAUGUCGAUUGGUUAAUUGGAAAUCAUUCAGAUGAGCUUACCCCAUGGAUACCUGUGAUUGCAGCAAGGUCAUCAUAUAAUUGCCGUUACUUUGUCCUGCCAUGUUGUUUCUUUGAUUUCACUGGAAAAUAUAGCCGAAGACAGAGUAAGAAGACCCAAUACAGGGAAUACCUUGAUUUUAUUAAAGAAGUGGGGCUCACCUGUGGAUUCCAUGUUGAGGAAGACUGUCUUCGAAUCCCAUCAACUAAAAGAGUUUGCCUCAUUGGAAAAUCCAGAACAUAUCCAGCUCCUGAAGAAGCUUUAGUUGAUAAACAGAGAACACAGUAUAUUGACAGUAGGCAGUCCUGUGCUCAAAUUCCCCAUAGUGAAGACUCUUCUUGUUCCUCUUCAGGCAGCACAAUUGAAACUAAUCAUUGUAAUCAUCAUGCAUAUUUAAACUAUCUCAGUGAUGAAUCUCCCGAAGAUCAGUUUCCUGAAGAUGAAAGGAAGGUGCCACAAGAAAAUAGAAUUUGGAUAAGUGGAUUUCAGCCUAGAGACAAAAUUGAACAUGUUAGGAACUGUGCUUCUCUUCCUCGGGACUUCAUUGAUCACAUAGUUCUGAAAGUGGCUAAUUUGUUGUUGAAUGAAAAGCAACAGAACCCCAAAGAUCCUUUCAUCGGAAGCUCCAAAACCUGGAAUCGAGGAGGAAGCCUUUCUUUGGCAGAAGUAGCAAAUCACUUGGAUAGAGAAACCCUACAGAGAUUAAAAAGAGAAUGUGGAGGUCUCCAAACCCUGCUUAAGAACAGUCAUCAGAUAUUUGAAGUUGUGAAUGGGAGAGUGUACAUUCGUGAUUGGAGGGAAGAGAAGACAGCAAAGAAAAACCAGUCAGAAGCUAAACGAAGACUCUCAUCAGAAGCUUUCAAAACGCGUCUCUGUUGGUUUUUUAUGCAUCAUCCCGAUGGUUGUUCUCUGACUUCUGAAUCCUGCCCAUACGCACAUGGAACCCAGGAGCUUCGACAGUCUCAGAUUUUGAAGAAGAUUAAGCAGAUCCACUGAUGCUACGCCAACAAGUUGAAGGGCACAGACUUUGGGAGUGGGCAGGCCAAGAGAAAUUUGCUACACAUUAACCUCCCUGUCUUUUGAAUUUGAGUAAUUUCCUUUUAUCUUUGUCAGGAUUCUGACAGUGUGGGACUUAGUAAUCAUUGUGUAGAGUCACAGUUUUAAAAAGCUAAACAAAAGGUUGCUAAUUAUUUUUAAUAUAAUUUUAUUUUAUAUUAAA